CGAUUAAACCGACAAAUUCUAGUCGAUCGCCAUGUCCUUCAUCACUCUAAUCCUUUUCCUAGCCUUUGCCCAAACCUGGGCCUCCUCUAUGCACCCCCGUCUCCCCCUCACCGCCAAACACUCCCCCAACCCCAACGAACGAACCUCCAGCUUCUGGAUCCAAAACGCCCAAAAAACCGUCAGCGAAAAAAUCAAACGCGAACUCAACCAAAACGUAGCCAAAAACGUGAUUCUUUUCCUGGGGGACGGCAUGUCAAUACCAACCGUGUCGGCAGCCAGGGUGUACCAAUCAGGGGAGGAAACCGAAUUAGCUUUCGACAAAUUCCCCUACACUGGACUAGCCAAGACGUACGCGGUCGACAGACAAGUGGCCGAUUCGGCCAACACGGCCACGGCCUACUUGACCGGAAUUAAGGCAAACUACGGAACAAUCGGAGUGGGACCUGAAGUGAACCGAAGCGACUGUCAAGGAAUGACAGAUGAAACAAACCACGCCCUGUCCAUAGCCUACUACUCCCAAUUAAAAAACAAACGGACAGGUCUAGUGACCACGGCUCGCGUCACCCAUGCCUCGCCUGCUGGGGUUUAUGCCCACACGAGUGACAGAAACUGGGAAAGUGACACUGACGUCAUUAAUGACGGUCAGAACCCGCAAAUAUGUUCCGACAUUGCCACUCAAUUGUUAUUUAGUGAAACUGGUAAAAAGUUGAACGUUGUUAUGGGCGGGGGCAGAAAAAAGCUCCUCCCUAAAGAAAUGACAGAUGAGGAAGGCCACAAAGGUGAAAGGUCAGACGGCGCCAACUUGAUCCAAAAAUGGCAAGAGCAGCGCAUUAACGUCAAGUAUGCCUGGAACCGCAGCCAACUGAUCGACUCUGACGUGACCUUUGACAACGUUUUGGGCCUUUUUGCCCACGACCACAUCAGUUAUAACCUUGAACGUGACAAUAUCAGCGACCCCUCAUUGGCCGAAAUGACCGCGGCGGCCAUUAAAACCCUAAAUCGGGGUUCCGAAGGCUACUUUCUCUUCGUAGAAGGCGCCCGUAUCGACAUGGCACACCACGAAACCGCAUCGCGGAUAGCCUUGGACGAAACAAUCGAAUUCUCCAAGGCCAUCCAAGUCGCCGUUGACUUGACCGACGAAUCCGAUACGCUGAUCGUCGUGACGUCAGACCACGCCCACACAAUGAGUUACAGCGGAUAUGCCGAACGCGGCCAUGACAUACUCGAAUUUGGCGGCGAUGGUAGUGAUGGUAAAGUCUACACGACCUUGAAUUACGCCAAUGGGCCUGGGUAUAAAAAGCCAAAUUCGGAUGGGUCACGUCAUGAUAUCGCGGGAGAUAAUUAUGGUGAUAAGCAUUACGCAUUUCCGGCUGUUGCGCCCUUAUAUGCCGAAACACAUGGCGGUGAUGACGUUGCAGUUUUUGCAAGAGGACCAUGGGCCCACCUUUUUAGCGGGGUCUUGGAACAAAAUGUUAUCCCGCAUUUGAUGGCCUAUGCCUCUUGUGUGGGCGAAGGAUUGACUGCUUGUGAUCAAAUCAAUUAAAAAAAAACGCGAAAAAAUUUGUAAUAAAGUGAA